UCUGGAAGACGGCAAGAGUUGAAAUUGGGACGAAAUAAUUCGUAGUUACGGCAGAUGUUUUCAUUUUAAAACAAGUAAGACGGAAGGCACGACAAUCCCACUCGCCUCUUUAAAGCCCCACCUUGCCGCGUCCUCUCUCCCCAACAAAAACUUCGACAAUCCCCAGCAUCAAAAAAAACAAAGCAAACAGGAUACUCCCAUUCCCUGUAUCCACCUCUCUCACCAUGGCGGCGGACCUCGAAGAUAGGAGGCCCUCGACCUCCGACCCCGACGAAUCCGACGGCGAGGACUCCGCCUCCCUCUCCCUCUCGCUCUGCGACGUCGCCUUGGAUGUCCAUGACGGAUCCGACGGCACUAUUUCCUCCGACGAUGGCCAAUUAUCUCCUCCUCCUACUGACACUUUCGAGUUCUCCGGCGACUUCUCCGCCGCCGAGGAGAUGUGCUCCGCCGACGACGUCUUCCACCAGGGGCAGCUCCUCCCUUAUAAGCCCCCUCCUCCGCAGCCGUCUCCGAAGAAAACGAGCGAUGCCCCCGCCCCCAAGAUCGCUCCUUUCGAUCACCGCCGGUCGGAGUCGCUCGACGGGAUCAACCGACGCCGCAGCGGCGCGAGGCUCGCGGCUAAGUACCGGAGGCUGAGGAGGGCGGUAUCUGAUUCAGACCCGAGAGCCUCUCUGCCGCCGACGACACAACCUCCGGCGACUCCGAGGUCGCGACCGAAGUGGUAUCUGGUCGUGUUCGGCCCUGUGAGGGUCCCGCCGGCGAUGGAGAUGAAGGACAUCCGGAACCGGCAGAGGCGGCGGAGAUCGACAUCGGUGGCGGAGGGCGGCGGGUUGAGGUACGACGGGGGGAGACGCCCGUGGAAGCUUCUCCAGUCUCUAAGCUGCAAGGCGGCGGAGAGCGCCGCCGUGUUGCCGCCCCCCAGUGUCGUCUCGCGCGUGCGAGGGUGAUCCAAGACGGGCUGGCAGUGAACCCUUUUGGGUCCACCGGUCUGGACCGGCGAGAGUUUAUUCCCGGUUUUUCUUAUGUACCCUAUAGUCUUGGAAAAGGAAUGGCAUUUUCUUUUCUGAGUUCCUUAAGGUGCAGGGCAUUAAUCUGCGCCAUUGGUGGUCAGGGGUUGCCUGAGGUACGGGAUUUGUAUUGAAUGGACGACGCGACCCACGGAUUUUAGACUUCAGAUAAUUCCUCAAGCUUGUGUGGUGUAUUAUGAUUGCAUUGGCAUCUUGCUUUUAAUUGAAGACUGAAAUUUUGAUUUGA